AUGCUCCCUCCUCGGUUGCUGGUUUACAUGACAAUCUCAGCUUUCUGCAUCCUGAGGGUCAGCGCCGUGGACACUUUCCUCGCAGCUGUUUAUGAGCACACAGUCAUAUUGCCCAAUGACACCCUGACUCCUGUGUCCCCGGAAGAGGCAUUGGCCUUAAUGAACCAAAACCUGGAUAUUUUGGAGGAAGCCAUCGCAGCAGCAGCGAAGAAGGGUGUGCAUAUUAUUGUAACUCCAGAAGAUGGUAUUUAUGGCUGGGAUUUCAGUAGAGAAACUAUUUACCCAUACUUGGAAGAUAUCCCAGAUCCUCAAGUCAACUGGAAUCCCUGUAAUAACCCCAAAAGAUUUGGCUACACUCCAGUACAAGAAAGACUCAGUUGCCUGGCCAAGGAAAAUGCUAUCUAUGUUGUGGCAAAUAUUGGGGACAAGAAGCCAUGCAAUUCCAGUGAUCCUCAGUGCCCACCUGAUGGCCGUUACCAAUACAACACUAAUGUGGUAUUUGAUUCUGAUGGAAAAUUAGUGGCACGCUACCAUAAGAAAAAUCUUUUCAUGGGUGAGGAUCAAUUCGACUCACCCAAGAUGACUGAGGUUGUGACAUUCAACACCACCUUUGGGAAGUUUGGCAUUUUCACCUGCUUUGACAUACUCUUCCAUGAUCCUGCUGUGACCCUGGUGAAGGAUUUCCACGUGGACACCAUCCUCUUCCCCACAGCUUGGAUGAAUGUUUUGCCACAUUUAUCGGCUGUUGAAUUUCACUCAGCUUGGGCUAUGGGCAUGGGCGUCAACUUCCUUGCAGCUAAUAUUCAUCAACCCCUGAAGAGAAUGACAGGAAGUGGCAUCUAUGCACCAAAUUCUUCAAGAGCAUUUCAUUAUGAUAUGAAGACCAAUAAGGGAAAACUCCUCAUUUCUCAACUGGACUCCCAUCCAUACAGCUCAGCGGUGAACUGGUCUACUUAUGCCAACAGUAUAGGAACACACGCAACAGGAAACCAGGAAUUUAAGGGCAUUGUCUUUUUUGAUAAAUUCACCUUCGUGACACUUAAGGAGGUCACAGGAAAUUAUACAGUUUGUCACAAAGACCUCUGCUGUCAUCUGAAUUACAAGAUGUCAGAGAAAAGAUCAGAAGAACUUUAUGCCCUAGGGGCAUUUGAUGGACUGCACACCGUUGAAGGACAAUAUUAUCUACAGAUCUGUACUAUGUUGAAAUGUAAAACAACAAACGUAAACUCAUGCGGUGAGUCAGUGGAGACAGCUUCGACCCGCUUUGAAACGUUCUCCCUCAGUGGCACUUUUGGAACUCAGUAUGUCUUCCCUGAGGUGUUGCUGAGUGAAGUUCAGCUUGCACCUGGAGAAUUUCAGGUAUCAAGAGAUGGGCAGCUGCUCAGCACAAAGCCGACAUCUGGACCUGUCUUAACAGUAACUCUGUUUGGGAGGUGGUAUGAGAAGGAUCCAAUUUCAGAUACUUCAUCAGACCUCAGGGCACAAGCACUAAGAGUGAUGAUGAUUAUUGUCAUGCCCAUAAUGUACUUAUUAAGCUGA